AUGUUCUCUACUCAACUCUCCACCCUCGUCAUCGUCGCAGCUGGUCUGUCGACUUUCGUCUCUGCCGCUCCUGCUUCUGUGAAGCGCGGCGAUGCGUCUCCUGCCCUGGUGGCACGCGAGCCUCAGUUCAACACCACUCUACCCAACCAGCUCCCUGUCGCAGGUGUCCUUCCAUUCAACAUCACCAUCACGCCUGGAGCGCAAAACACGACUGUCGGCCUUCCUGCUGGCUUUCCAUUCAAACGUUAUCUCGAGGCUCGCCAGUUCAACACCACUCUUCCCAACCAACUCCCCGUUCAAGGUGUCUUACCGUUCGACAUCACCCUUACGCCUGGAGCGCAAAAUACCACCGUCGGCCUUCCCUCGGGUUUCCCGUUCAAGCGAGGGCUCGAAGCCCGCCAGCUCAACACUACACUACCCAACCAACUUCCCGUCGAAGGCGUACUCCCCUUCGACAUCACCCUUACGCCUGGCGCGCAAAAUACUACCGUCGGCCUACCUUCGAACUUCCCAUUCAAGUUCAAGCGCGAUGAUGACGACACCGCGAACUCCGAGAACGAUAUGGACGACGGUGUCUUCAACUUCACUCGCAACGCCCAUCUUCCUCUCUGGACCAAAAUCCCUAUCGGUCUUUUCCCCGAUAACGGCAACAUCACCGACACCGACAACGCGAACGAUACCGAUACCGAUACCAGCGGUGGAUUCCCGUUCGUAUUCUGGGGCGACGAGGGCGACGAGCAGGACUUGAACGCCGAGAAGAGGCAAUUCAACUUUACGCUACCCAAUCGGCUUCCGGUCGAGGGCACGCUUCCGUUUGGAUUGAAUUUUACGAGUGGAGAGCAGAACAGUACUGUUGGGCUUCCUUCAGACUUCCCUUUCUAG